CCGGAAAUGAAACCCAUUGAAAGAAGAAGAGGUUUCGAGAACUAGAGGGGCAAAACAAGCGAAUCACAUUUUGAGCUUUUCCAUGUGAAUUAGUUUGUUUUCAUGUUUUCCAGUUUCAUAUUCAACUCAACCAACAGAACCAAACUGUUCUUCGUGUCGUCAUGUUCCGUCGUCUCGUGAAGACUGACCGCAGCAAACUGUUAGCAUAACUUCUCUGCUAGCCGGGCACAGCUAACCGACCUGUCAGCCGACCCGUCAGCCGGAGUGGAGCAGCAGCAUGUCGGUGCACUUCGACGAGAGAAGCGGCGUCGUCCCCUGCAAGACCCACUGGGGCUCCUGGUACCAGACCAUGGAGGAGGUGUUCAUCGAGGUCCAUGUGCCGCAAGGGACCACGGCCAAAGAGGUCAAGUGCCGCCUGGGAUCCAGAGACAUCGAGCUGCAAGUGAAAGGAGAGGAGAUAUUCAAGGGAAAGUUGUUUGGCAUAACCAUGUCUGAUGAGGCAACAUGGACACUAGAGGACAAGUGUCUCAUCCGCAUCAUUCUGAUGAAGACCAACAGAGAGGCGGGGAACUGCUGGUCCUCUCUGCUGGAGGGGGAGUACUGUGCAAACGCCUGGGUGCAGGACCAGAUGCAGAGAAAGCUCACACUGGAGAGGUUCCAGCGGGAGAAUCCUGGAUUCGACUUCAGCGGUGCAGAGAUCUCUGGGAAUUUUGCUGGCGGUGGUCCCGACUUUUCCAAUUUACAGAAGUGACCCUCACUUUGAUGUCAGAAACAUUUCACACUCAGUGAACACUAUAGGACAUCCAUGACAGUGGAUCCAUCAGACUGUCAAGUCCAAGAAGCCGGACGUUUUGCUUCUACUGCUGCUACUAUCACAUCGAGCUGUCAACAAGACAAAAAAAGAUUUUUCUUCUGCCUCUUUCGCAGCAAAGAACUGAGUUUUUUUGGCAAGUUGCAAUGUGUAUGUGGUACAACAGCUGAUUGAAAAUGUUGGAUCUGUUUGUAAAAAGCCUUUGAGAAUGAUAAUCUUUCGAUAAUGAAACAAACUCAUGCAGCAAUAGCUUUUCAAUAAAGUUUUAUUGAAAGGUACAAGGACAUUGGUUAACCAGAUGUUGUAUUCGAUAAGCAAUUUUGAAUUUGAGAACACGUUUUAUUUUUCUCACUAAAAGAAUCUUAUACUAAACAGUGAAACUGGCAAAGAAAAGUCAAUACGAAUUCCAAUCCACAUUACCACUGCAACAACCAAUUUUUUUUAGUGUUCUCUGUAUAAUCGACAACUGAAAUCAUCAAUACACAUGUGUCUGUGUCCACAAAUUAAGAAUCGGUGAAAACAACUAAUCUGUAACCUCUGCUGACAUUCUUCUUCGGCUCAAAUUGUACUUUUAGCCAUAUGUGACAGGAUUGUCACUAGCCUCAAUUCACUGGAGAAAACCAGAGUUCCCCUCGCUGUGUGAACAUAAAAAA